AAUUGUUAUAAAAUCCCUAUCAUAGCCUUUUCCCUAUAAUGGCCUAUCCCUAAUUAGCCUAUUAAAGGCUAAUGCCAUUAUUUCUGGGUAAUAACUAUGGUAAUAGGUACAGUAGGGCCUAAUACUACUUUUGUUUAAGUGAGGUUAGCCCAUCAUAGCUCAGUGGUAGGACCAGUUCAUGUUGAUGACAGUUAUUAGAAAAGCUAUAAAUCAUGAUACUUUAAUUUGAUGGCUGAAGAAACAUUGCAAGAAAGGCAGGAUAAUGAAUUGGAAGCACUUAAGGCCAUAUACGGAGAACAGUUGCGGGAGACACCAAGGCCAGAUGACCAGUGGCGGCCACUGGACUUUGUUUUGGCCCUGGGACCUCAGCAAGGGAGUAUGCCGCAAGAAGCUCACACCUUUGUUCAUCUUCAUGUCAUCUGCUCAGAAAACUACCCCAAUGAAAUCCCCAAGAUGACAGUUGAUAAGAGUAAAGGACUUUCAGACAAACAAUUGGAAGUUUUACUGAAGACCUUGAAAGAAAAAUCAGUAGAAUUAAAGGGUGAAGUUAUGGUUUUUGAAUUAGCAUCAUUUGUUCAAAAUUUUUUGCAUGAUUACAACAAACCUGGUUAUCAAUCAUUAUAUGAUGAAAUGUUUUGUCGCCAAUUGAAAAAACAGCUAAAGGAAGAGGAACAGAAGAAAGUUUUACAAGAUAAAACGAGACAAGAAGUGCUUAUGGAAAUUCAGUACAAAAAAGAAGCAUUAAAACAGGAACUCAAGGGACGUAAAAAUUCAGAAAUUCUUAUGGAAGAGGAGGAUGAUUUUAUUGCCAGGUUUGAACAAGACCAUCAGCCAGUUCCAAGGAAAUCUUUGAUAACUGCGGACUUGUUGGAAAGUGUUGAUAGUAAUGGGAUGAAGCACACUGAUACUGAAAUCGAUGAUUUCAGUCCAUGGACUGUUUCUCCAAAAGGAGUUUCACGACUUGAAAAUGAGUUUGAAGUUUUGCAAUUUGUUGGAAAAGGUGCUUUUGGUGAUGUCUUGCAGGUUCGCAACAAACUCGAUCGCUGUCUGUAUGCAAUCAAGAGGAUACAGUUAAAUCCAAUGAACAAACUUCUUUAUAAAAAAAUAACAAGAGAAGUCAAGCUGUUAUCAAGGCUGAACCAUGAAAAUGUUGUGCGUUAUUUCAACUCUUGGAUUGAAACCUCGGUUCAAAGUGACGACUCCUCACAAACAUCUUCUUCUCCUGAUAAGGUUGAGAAGUUGGACUGUAAGGUUGUGGAGAUGUUGCCAAUCAAGGAGGUGAGUGUGGAGUGGGACUUGUCCAAGGCCUGUAGUGAGAGCUCCGAAGACAGCUCUGAUGACAAUUGUUGGAUAACAUUUUUGUCUGAUCUAUAUGAGAUGUCUUAUUCAAGGCCAGGCUCCAGUGAUGAGACCAGCACUAGAGACACUGAGAUACCAGAGUCAGAUAUUACUACCAGAGAGAGUGCUACAGAGAGUGUCACCAGCUCUACCCAUCAGUUUAUGUACAUUCAGAUGGAGUUCUGCGAGAAAUCAACUCUUAGGACGGCUAUUGACAACGGAUUGUAUAAAGAUGAGAAGCGUGUUUGGCGGUUGCUCAGAGAGAUUGUGGAAGGCCUAAGUCACAUUCACCAACAGGGCAUUAUUCAUCGAGAUCUAAAACCCGUGAAUGUCUUCAUCGAUAGUGAAGAUCACGUAAAAAUUGGAGACUUUGGCUUGGCUACUACUACUAUCCUUCAUAAGAAGGGAGCAGUGCUGGACCAAACUGAGUUGUUGGGCAGUUUGGGUGAAACCUCGCACACAGGACAGGUUGGGACUGCUUUAUACGUUGCUCCAGAACUGAACACAUGUUGUAUCAAGACCACAUAUAAUCAGAAAGUGGACAUCUAUAGCCUAGGAGUGAUGUUCUUUGAGAUGUGUUACCGACCACUAGACACUCACAUGGAACGUAUGAAGGUGUUGGCAGACUUGCGCACAGAUGAGUGUGUCUUGCCUUCCGACUUUGUCGACAACAACAAGUUGACCAAGACUCAACUGCUCAGAUGGAUGUUGAACCACGACCCCUUGCAGCGGCCCAACUCCGCAGAGCUGCUGCAGAGUGAGUUCUUGCCUCCCCCGCAGUUUGAGGAGUGUGAGCUGCAGGAACUGUUGAGGAGGACAAUCAACAAUCCUCAGAGCAAGAUGUACAAGUACCUAAUGGCUUCAUGCUUUAACCAGAAAAUGACAACUGCUCAGAAUGUGACCUACGACAUGUCUAUCAGCAAGAGCCGAAGCUAUCAAUAUCUUUUACAGCAAGUUGUUGAAAAAACUAAAAAGGUGUUGGAGCUGCAUGGCGCUGUCAGCUUGUGUCCACCUCUCAUGAUGCCGAGUGGGCUUUGUCCUCUACCCCCCUCCACAGUGUCUGUGAUGACUAGGUGGGGAGGGGUGGCGAUGCUGCCUCAUGACUUGCGACUGCCGUUUGCACGCUUCCUCGCCCACAACCCCACCAUCUCACAGUUCAAGCGUUACUCCAUAGACCGGGUGUAUAGGGAACGCAGAGUGCUGGGUCACCAUCCUAGAGAACUGUAUGAAUGUGCUUUUGACAUUGUCACUCCAACAUCAGGAGACAUGUUGGCAGAGAGUGAAUUGUUGGCUUUUGUGUGGCAAGUGCUGAAUGAGUUCCCAUUUCUGCUACAUCAUAACUGUGUCAUCAGACUGAACCAUACAAGUCUCUUGCGAGCAAUAUUCCUGCACUGUGGUAUUGAGGCGUCCAAACACAACAGAGUCUGCUCCUUCUUAGAACAGGCCAAGGAAGACAGUUACAACAAGAGUCAUGUUGAAGCGUUGUUGUCUUCACUUGGUCUGACAGAACACAUUGUCUCAGCAUUGUUCAACUUGCUGGACCAAGAGAACACGUUUGGACGUGUCUCUACCACAUUGCAGACAGCCUUCAGACGUAACUCUGUCUCUGCCUCUCUGUGCAAACAAGCUCUCCACCAACUGGAGCUCACCAUCAGCCAUGCUACUGAGCUGGGAGUCAAGAUAUCUAACAAAGAUAAGGUGGAGGUUGAUAGUAAAAUACUACAUGCCAAUGUGACUGAUCAUACAAUGGCAGUGGUGAGUGUGCGUGUGUGCGAGUACGCAGUGGGUGGAGGGGCUGGCGGAACAGCUGAUCCCUCCGACGACCUUGCGUGCCGCGUGGACUAUCGGCUGCUCUCGUCGCUCCUUGAUAACACUGACUGGACAGAUUGUCCCAUAGUGGUGUCACCAGGACUGGUAGACAACUUGUCAUUUUACUCAGGGAUCAUCUGUCAAGUAGUCUGGGAGCAGCGCAACAAGCAAGGUCGGAGCCAGCGGACUAUCAUCGCAGCUGGAGGCCGCUACGAUUGCCUCAUUGCCAGUUUUAGACAGAUGCAAGAUGAAGGACAAGGAGUGUCAGGUCAGAGUGCUGUAGGUGUGAGUGUAUCACUAGACAAGCUGGCCACUGCUCUUGCAGCUGAUCAGUGUGGUUUGGCUCCUGUAGAUGUUGUCGUCUGCUCUGUAGGCACCAGCGCCACUACACGGGACAAGCUCACUCUGACUAGAGACCUGUGGACAGCUGGGGUCAGGACAUACUUGCUUGACUCCAACCAGAAUUUAGAAGAAAUCCAGAACUUUGCUCAGGAAUUGUGUGUUCCUCAUAUUGUUAUGCUAAAAGAUACUGAUCCUGGAUUUGUUAGGAUACGAACAUUGAAUAAGGACAGAUUUCAAGAGAAGAGGGUAUCUCAAAGUGAGUGUGUGGAGCAUCUAGUACGUCUGUGUCAGACCAGCGAGUCUGUCAGCAACAGCUUGUCUAGGUCUGAGUCCAAAACAUCUACUGUCAUUACAGACACACCUGUGGUCAACGUAUCAUUCCUCAUCGGAGAAAAGCUGUCCAGCACCAUGAAGCGCCGUUAUGAGAGCCAAGUACUCAAUUCUAUCCUACAGACUUUGCAGCGACUGUCACCCAAGUUUCGCACUGAGGUGGUGGUGGUCAACAUGGAGGCAGAUGUGAUCAAGAUGUUGGCAUCUCACAUUGAUCUCAGUCUAGAGGAUCAAGAUAUGUCUUCUGUUGUCAAGAGAUUCCCUAAACAUAAGAAGACUAUUUAUAAACUAAUCGAGCAGUUGCAGGAGCUCAAGAAUAACAACUCCAAAGUAACUAUCAUCUUAUACAGCAUCAUGGACAAUACCUUCAAAGUGCUCUUAUAAGAUAGGGCACACCUUAUUGUAGUAAUUACAGGGUGUCAAUUGAUCUUCAAAAAAACCUGUCACGUCAGCCUAGAUUAUAGAUAACCCCACCUAUAGUGUAGGAAUAAUACAAAUAUUUUUUAAUAAUGUUAAGGAAUUGCUGCAUUAACGGCAUAUUCAGUAAAAUCUCUAUUUCUAUUAACCGUCACCUGUGGGUGCGGGACUACAGCGGUUAACUGAAUAGACAGUU